GCCGCUGUCCGCCGCGAGUUGGGACCGCCCGUACCGCGCCGCCCCGCCGACGAGCAGCGUCUCGCCGGACUGUGUUCAGCUCAGGAGACCACGGGACGUGCCCUGUCGCUCCCCGGCGCAGCACACACCGGCCGACCCCGACCGCCGCCGAGUUUCAUGGUGCAGGUGCGGCAUCAGCGCCCCCAGCCGGCCAAGCUCCGCCCCGCGCCGCCGCCGCCGGCACACUCCCCAGCUGGAGCGGCCGCGCCGCGCCGGCAGCAGCAGUCGGGCUCGAGCCGCCGCCGCGAGAGCACGCCCCCGCCGCCGCUGCCGCCGCGUCCGCUGCCCAUGUGAGCUGGCCACACCGCCCCACCAUGAGCAAGCAGGAGCUGUUCGGAGUGCGCGUGUCCGCGUCGCGGACCUCCAAGGCGCUGUGUGUCAUCACGGCCGGAGUGGCGUUCGUCCUGGGCACGGUACUCGGCGUGCUGAUCCCGCUGUACGUGCUGCCGCCGCUGUCCUCCACUGCUGAGGUGCGGCCCGGCCCCCAGACGGUCGUCCAGGACUACGCCAGCGCGCGGGACAACGCGCUGGAGACGCUGACGCCACGACCGUCUCCGGUGCCGCCGCGCGCCGUGAUGCCGUCCAUGGACGAGGUGCACGUCAUCGAUGUGUCGUCAGUGACGCCUGGCGUCAUCGAGUCGGAAGAGACACUGUCGCCGCCGCUGUCAGCCGACGAGGUGAGAGCUGAGAUGGAGAUUGAGGUCGUCGAGCUGGAGCAGUUCGCGACGACGACGACAGAAAAGGAGAUGAUGACCACUACAACCACGACGACAACGACGACGACGAUGGCGACGACGGCCUCCCCGGCGCCGUCGUCAAGUCUAACAGACGGCAUCUUCUGGAACAACGCCGUCGAGGAUUCGCUUCCUCCUGGCUUCAACGACGAGGCCGUGGCGGCGUGGCACGAGUUCUGCCAGCACUCAGCCUUCAUCAAGGUGGAGGAGGGCUGUGGUCGCAUGCAGAACCGUCUGCUGACCUUCGAGAACGGCACACAGUCGUGUUGCCGCUACCGUCAGAACUUUGACCAGAUCCAGGGCGAGAUCUUCAGCUUCCUGCUGAGUCGAGAGCUCGGGAUCCGGAACCUGCCGCCAACGUCGAUGCUGCUGGUGGAGCCCGCUGAGUGGCAGUGGUCGGCGGUGCGCGCCCAACUGAACCUGGCCCAGUGGGCAGAGCAGCGGCCCGUGGUGCUCACCAAGUUCCAGGAGCACCUGGAGCAGGCCUACAUCCCGGAGCCGCUGCGCACCACCGAGCGCCGCCUGCACCCGACCGACCUCGACCUGGCCGGUCUCAAACUGCGCGAGCACCGCCAGCAGGUCCACGAGCUGGCGCAGUGGUCCGACCUCAUCGUCUUCGACUAUUUGACCGCCAACCUAGACCGCAUCGUCAACAACCUCUACAACCAGCAGUGGAACCCGUCCAUGAUGGACGCGCCGGCGCACAACUUGGCGCGCGACCCGGCCACCGGCCUGCUGAUCUUCCUCGACAACGAGUCGGGCCUGCUGCACGGGUACCGGCUGCUCGAUAAGUACGAGACCUACCACCGCACCAUGCUGGAUGCGCUGUGCGUGUUCCGCCGCCAGACGGUGCACAAGAUCCGGCAGCUGCGCGACGAGGGCAACAUCGGUGAGUUGCUGAGACGGAUGUUCCGUCAGCGGCAUCCCGAGCUGCUCAACUUCCUGCCCACGCUGCCCGAGAAGAGCAUCAAGAUCCUGAACGCGCGGAUCAGGAACGUGGCAGACGUGAUGGACAGGUGUGAGAGGACUUACGCCAGCUAGUGGCGCUCGCUGCCGCGGGACGCUCAGACACAGUGCUUUAAGCGGUCGCGGCGCCGCCACGCUGGCUGCCGCGGUCCACUCGCGAGUGAUUGUUGACAGGUCAGGUCAGUGAAACCGUUUCCGGUCGCCUCUGUGGUCGCCCCGGUCGCUUCCAUUCGCGCCCGUUCGCUCCGUCCGUUCAGCCGUGUCCCCGUUCGCUCUAAUCUCGUCCUUUUGUUUAACUAGCGGUCACGCUUUCCUUCGCUCUGCCGCGCCGCACGGUGGGUCCAUUUUGUUGGCCGCCACAGCUGCUCGUUUUGUCGGUAAUUGAGAGCGUUGUCGGCAAGCCGGUGAUUAUCUGGCUGCUCGGUCCGCCCUGCGGUCUGGCCUCCCAAUCAUAUCCGACAGCGGGCCAUCAGCGGACGGCUGACGAGCUCGCGCCGCGUCGGCCACUCCCCUUCCAUUCAGCGGCACGGAGCGGCCGCCGGCGCAGCUAUAACAAACCGGUCCGGGGCGCGCCGGCGGCCUCUGUCGUCCCCGCUCUGCCGACCCGCCGGUCUCCGCUCGGUCCCCGCCUUUGUGUCACCUGGCAGGACGGCGGCCCGUCCGCCGCCGGCUGCCCCCUGCGCCGCCGCCGCCGCCGCCACCCCUGGGACCGGGCCGUCUCGACGCUAUUUGGAAGGGUCGCCCAGUGAUUUACGCGCCGCUCGCCGCUGCGCUCGGCGGCAUUCCUCGGCGCACCAGGAAUGCGCCCCGGAUGGGUCCGAGCCCAGCCCGGCUGAUGUCGGAGAUGGGCGCGGUGCGCGGGAGGCCGCGGUGGGCGGGGGCGGCCCCGGCCGGUCACAGAGGUCGCCGAGUUGCACUCUUCAGUCGCGGCCGGCCCUCUCAGCUCGCCGCCGCGUUGGGUUUAUUGGCCAUUGCGGCGGUCGGCGCCGGCGGCCGGCACAGAGGACUGAGUGCCCGAGUAAUGGCGCUAAUGUGAGAGUUAGCGUAAACAAAGCGGACGCAUUAGGACACCGUCGAUUAAGAUGCAAUCAAGUCGGCUCAUUGCCGGACCCCACAGACUUCAUUAGGUGCCGACUGUCUAUCAUUCCCGGCGAUCGUUUCGCGCCGGUCUGUGUCGCGCCGACAGGAGGCGACUGGCCCGCUGUCAGCGCUCCUCUCCUGCUCGGGUCUCUCUUGUGAUCGGAGCGGACAGGCCCGACAGCGGGCCGGCGUUUUUCCGCGCCCGCCGCGACCGGCCGGCGAUGCUUUCGACGAUAGGGUCGCUAACACUGACCUAAUCACGCACUAUCUCCGACACACGCAGGCCGACGCGCUUUAUCGCGCGCUCUCUGCUCUCGCUCAACUCCUGUGCGCGUUACGCGGCGGCGCUGGAAGCACCGGGGCGGCAUGCAGGACAAGUAUUCGGGCGGGUGCGUGUGCGUGCACCGGCGCGCGUGCAGAAUGACUGCUGGGACGGGCUUGAAGCGGGGUAACAUUGGCUCGAUUCGAGCAUCCAUCAACUGUGAUAUCGAUAACUCAUAUUGCCCAUAUCGUUCGUCUUGUUACUUGCGUGUCCAUGCCAUGUUUUCGUUAGCUCAGUCAUAUUUAACAUUAUCGUGUGGUGGUAUGCAUGUGGAGUGGGAGUUGACCACGGAGUGCGGGCUCGUGUAUUCGUCAGGGCCUCCUGGGCCGGACCACUAUUUGCAUUCUCUUCCAGCUCUGCCGCAGAACCCGUUCAAACAGGCAGUCAAGUUUUUGUGCUAGUCUGAUUCAAUAGUGUAUGUGUGAAGUGUAAGUAUACACUGCGCCGGCCGUCACUGUAUGUAUGUGUGCAUACGUGGGCGGUGCGGCCGCGCCCCACACGACGUCGCUAUUUCUCCAUGUGUGUGUGUGUGUGUACAUAAUAUAUGACGAAGAAUUGA